AUGUUGCCGCCGAGGUUCUCGAUCUUCGGGGGCGGCGAUUCCAAGAAGUCCAGCGGCAGUCCACGCAGAAGCCCGAAGAGCGAGCUCCCCUCCCCCUCGAUAAAGCUCCGGACGGACAAGGAAGUGUACAGGCCCGGAGAUGCGGUGGUCGCGACUGUCGAGAUUGCCACUCCCGACGCGGGCGGUGUCGCCAAGAACGGCUCGGUUUGUUCGCUCUUGAUCAAGCGUCUCGGCUUCGAAGUCAGAGGGAUUGAGAAGUUGGAUUCUCAAUGGUUCGCCGCCCAGAAGACCUCGCCGGAGUCCCGACAACGCAGAGGUGAAUAUGCUUUUAUGGACUGCUCAGUGCCGUCCAUUGUCUCGAGUCAGAUUGUUUCUUGUGGCACCACUAAAACCUAUGUCAUUCGAGCUGUGCUGCCAAGCAUCAUACCGCCAUCAUACAGAGGUGCUACAAUUCGUUACCUGUACUAUAUAAAGACUAUGUUAUCAGGACAAUGGCAGAUUCUUGAAACUGGUCACUCUCAGAGGGGAUCAGCGAAAGAUCUCGCUGAAUUGGAAGUUCGUGUACCGCUACAAGUUUGGGUUGAUCAGAAGAACAGUGGGUUGCAAUUGGAUGAAGGUCAAAGUGAAGGUAUUGUUCCUUCGUCAACCAUUCAGCUGGAUAUUUACUGGAAAGAGAUGGAUGGCGAGUCGGACUGGGUUCGAGCAAAUGACUUAUAUGAUGGAGUUGAGGAAGGUUAUGAUAGUUCAAGAGAUGAGAUAUCAUCUGUCUCCUCAUAUAACCCCAGUAGAGAAAAUAUACACAGAACCUUCGGGAGUUCGCUCUCCCUGCAGUCGUCUAUAGCAAGAUCUUCAAGCAGAGAUAUAUUGUUGGCGGAAGGUGAACGGAUGAGUCUAUCAUCAAAUUUGGCACUUCCUCGUCUAUCUGCAGCGGAAAUCCUCCAUGAGAAUGAUGAUGAUGUGGGAGCCCAUACUGCAGCUGUUGCCUCUAUAACUGAUCAGUCAAAGUUUGGAAAAUCUCUUUCAACAGAUAACGAUGAGGGAGCAUUUUCCCCUAAUGCAGAGGAAGGAUUUAUUCGAGCAAGAUCCUAUAAUAUCAGAAUGGAUGACCGUGUUCUGCUCAGAUUCUCUCCAAAAAACUCAGACUCGAGUUAUUACUUCAGUGACACGAUUGGUGGAACUCUAACCUUUUUUCCAGAGGAAGGAGCCCGGAGAUGCCUUGAGGUUUCCAUAACAUUGGAGAUGUCAGAGACCAUAAAUAGGCGUUUUGUCCAUCCUUCCAGGAAAAAUUCACCUACCAUCACGAAGGUUCAGAGCGAUCACCAUGAGGUCGUUGCAGAUUUGGUGCAGACUAGCUUUCUCUUUUCCAUCCCUAUGGAUGGGCCUAUGUCCUUUUCCACUCCCCGCAUCUCUGUUCAAUGGGCUCUUCGUUUUGAAUUUUAUACCACCCCAAAAAACGUGGACUGGACAAGAUAUGAGCAUCCUCUUUUGGUAGAGGGAAGAGACAAAAGUGAGUGGGUUCUUCCAAUCACAGUGCAUGCACCUCCACCCGGACCUUCGGCUGCUCCGACCCGAAGUGAGAAAUAUUUCUCUUUGGAACCUUUGGGGGGGUCAUAGUUGAAGGUUCAUAGUGUUUUUUUCAAUAGGUUUUGGAUGUCUUUACUCACUUAUGGAUUCUGAGGAUCACAUGUUCCAAUGUGGAGAAUAUAAAGGAAGCACAUCAAGAAGGCGGCAGGACACAGCUUUGUCAUUCGACAUCUUUCCCAUCCUUGCACUGGAGAAUGGACUGAACGUUCGAAGUGGAAGUCAAUGCUUGUGAAAGUUGGUGCUACUCUCUGCAGCCUCGUUCUUAGCUUCGUAACUAACCCAUUCGGUGUGGCCUAGUCGUGUCUUGCCUAGUCACCCCAUCACAUUUAUGUGUAAAUCUUGGUAAGUUUUAAAUGCUCAAGCUGUCGUUUCUCCAAGAUCCACAUUUCAGCCCAUAAGAGAAUGGAAAUUUUUCUGUUUUAUCUUGCGCUCAUGGUGUGAAUAUUGAGAUGUUCUUAAGCAGAAUGUACAUAUUUGAUGUCUUAUGUUAAUUGUUGAAACGGUCCUUCGGCCUUUUAAACUA